AUGGCGCCUUCCAGGUUCGGUGCGUCCAAAUACCGCAAUUCAUUAGCAUCAGUUCCGCCAAGGGAAGAGUUCUAUCGCUCUCACCUACCUCCGUCCACUGGAUCAAGCAGCAGCAACCUGUCCACGUUUAGUGGUGAGAUCAAGAGCAGCAGAGAAUGGAUUGUCACUGUCACUCCCGCUGGAGAUCUCAGCUGCAGAAAGUAUGGAGACCACUCGGGAGAGAAGGCGAGUAUUGAGAAAGUUGGAAAGGGAGGUGGGGUUGGAGAUUGGGAUUUGAGCAGGUUGGAGGAUGAUAAAGUGGUUAUAGGAGGUCUGGACGGAAGUAUCUCUGUGUAUACCCUUUCUGAAUCACCACCACUGACCCUACGUCACACAAUCCCAGCUCUAUCAUCCUCGCCAAUAACCAACCUCUCCUUGCAUCCUACAACACCUGAUAUACUUCUUGCUUCAUCCAUCUCUCAUCCAGCGGUAAUAUACGACAUAUCAGCCUCUCUAACCUCGCCCACUAUCUCACUAAAUAUCAAAGAACCCAAGGGUAUCUGGUCACUCGGAUGGUCAAGUAAUGGGACGCAAGUCGCAGUCAUAGGUAAAUCAGGUACUUUGUAUAUCUACGAACCCCGUAAAACGACUGAACCAAUCAAGACAAAAAAUCUGUCAAUUUCGGUACAAGCUUUGAAACCAUGCCGACUGACUUGGGUGGGGGAUCAAGACCUCUUCAUAACGUCAUUCUCAAAAACUAGAAACAGACAAUAUUCUUUAAUCUCCACAUCGAAAAAUCCAAAUGAGUUGGAAACAAUUUUUAGCCAAUCAUUGGAUACGUCCACAAAUCCCUUGAUACCACUAGUAGACGAAGAACGUAGAAUAAUCUACCUCGUUGGAAAAGGAGAUAUGAGUCUCCGUCAAAUUGAAUUUUCCGGUCCAAUGGGAUAUCAAGAAACGAUACACCCCCUACAGCAUACCUUGAACAGCGGCUCAAUAGCGUUGGUACACCCUACGAAGCUAGAUGUGAUGAAAGCAGAAAUCGCCAGUACACUCUUACAAGUAACGGAUAAAGAUGGCGAUGCGCUGCUACCUCUGAGUGUCAAGGUGCCGAGAAGACAGUUGAUAGAUUAUCAUGAGGAUUUAUAUCCCGAUGUGACGGGUACAGUUCCUGAACAGACUGCUGAAGAAUGGUUGAAAGGAGAGGACAAGAAGCCUUUCAGUCUUACUUUAGAUCCAUCGAGGCGCAGUACAUGGGAAAGAAGAAUUCAAGAUUAUAGAAGUUCAGUAGGGACAGCUUCAGCAGGACCACUGGACCCACCUGCUCAGCCCGCAUCCGAACCUACUACGGCAAACACUACAUCUGGUACUGUCGCUCAGCAGGACCCAACGCCACAACAACCAGACUCCGCUCCACACACCGAAAAAGCCAUUGCGGUCAUCGAAAAGGCUCAAAUCGCCUCAACCACUACGUCUCUCAAUAUCAAUACGAGUUUACCGCCUCUGGAAGGAGAUGAGACAUACUCGUCUACCGCCUACAAGUCUCGUAUAGUAGCUGAUUACCUAGCUGGCGAGUACGAGAAGCGCAAGAAUGGGGGAGAUAAAAGACCUUUGUUUGUCGGCUUGCAAGGCCCCCAAGGAUGUGGUAAAACCACUCUGUGCUCCGGAUUCGUACAAUAUCUUAAGGAGAAGAAAGGCUUAAAAGCUGCUGUUUUGUCUCUCGAUGAUCUAUACAAAACCCAUGCAGAUCUCGUAGCUGUUGCUGAAAGACACCCAGAUAACGCUCUCUUAGCUGGCAGAGGUCCACCCGGAACGCAUGACGUCGCACUUGCAACUUCCGUCCUCGAGAAGAUCAAGCAAAUCAAUGAAUCAUCCGAUAAUACCGUUGAGUUACCGAUAUUUGACAAGAGUCUAUGUGGUGGAGAAGGCGAUCGAUCUUCUGAAACUGUCAAGAUCACCGGCCCGAUCGACUUAUUCAUUCUGGAAGGAUGGUCAAUGGGAUUCGCACCUUUGUCGUCCUCGGAUCUAGAGUCGGCUCACGCAAACCCCAAACCUGCUUCUCCCCGAACUUCCGAUACAUACUUCAACAAACAUCCGAUUUCAUCCUUACAGACACUCAACACGUACUUGGAGGAGUUCUCCCGAGCUGUCUAUUCAAGCUUUCAGGCGUUCGUCCAAGUCGAACCCUUAUCGUAUGACUAUGUGUUCAAGUGGAGGUUGCAGCAAGAACAUCAGAUGAAAGCCAAUAACGGAGGCAAGGGAAUGACGGACGAGCAAGUUCACAAGUUUGUGGAAAGGUAUAUGCCAGGGUACGAACUAUGGAAAGAAGGAAUAUGGAAUGUCGGGACAGGCUGGGAAGGGAGAGGUUUGAAAUUGGUGUUUGGUGGUGAUAGAGAAGUGGUGAAUGUCGUUCAACCUACAUCUGCGGAUAGGAAGCCUGUUAAGGAGGACGAGAAAGGUGAUAUCCAGUUGAAGGAGGUUUCGAAAGUAGCUGAGGAGAAACCCCUCGAGUCGUUGGAAAAGGACAUACCCGUCAAGGUUGAAAAUGUCAAACACAAUGAGAUUACACCCUUCCCACCCCCAUCGACUGAUAAGAAAGGGAAAUCUUCCGACAGUACUACUGCAAAUACUACAUCAGCUCCGUCCUCUAGCCGACCCACCCCAUCUUCCUUACCCAGCGCAGCCCUAACCGAACCGUCAGAACGCUUCAACCCUAAUUGGUCCCGUAAAUUCCUUGCGGGAAAGUCACCUCUUAUACCCACCUACGACUCCAUACCCUCCUUAUCCUCCUUGCACCAAGACUCGAAGAUUCUUAAAGCCAACGCUCACCUCGCAUUCUUCCCUAUUCAGGGUACUGGUGGUCGGUUGAACGUGCAUCCUCUAGCGAAGAAAGGUAGAUUACCGGUUGGUGGUGAAGGAUAUCUAUCAGCUGGGGUAGAAAUAGUACAUUUCGAUGUUGAGCUUGGAGGAGAUCGAGUCGCCAUUGCAGGUGAAGAUGGGGUGGUGAGAGUGUGGAAUGUCGGCAAAGAGGGCGUAAAUGGUGUUGGACCUGAACCUGAACAGGUUCUCAAAGGCAAAGGGAUCGACAAGAUCACACAAAUUGCUUUCCACCCUACCGCCCAAGACUUGCUGGUAGCUCUGACUAUCGAUCAUGGUUCUUCCAGUAUGCGAUUCUUCGAUCUUUCCAAAGGGGAAGAAGCGAAAAUCGCAGAUUUGUCGACUAAUGGGGCGUUCAAUUUGACCUUCUCUCCUGAGGGCGAUCGCGUGGCGAUAGCAACGAAAGAUAAUCAGAUCCUCAUCCUUGAUCCUCGGAUCACAUCUCAAGUAAUAUCUGGAAGAUCUCACGAUAGUCCAAGAUCUUUCCAAAUAUCUUGGAUUGAUGAUAAUCAUCUAGUCUCAGUGGGCUUCUCAAAAGGAUCGCAGCGGAAGAUCAACCUAUAUCAAAUCGAUUCUGGGCAGAUAGAAACCAUUCAAUCAAUCACUAUUGACGUUUCACCAUCUGUCCUUUUCCCAGUGUACGAUCCGGAUACUUCAAUUCUGUACGUAUGGGGUAAAGGUGAACGUGUAAUACAGGCGUACGAGAUCUCGCUUAAUAGCUCCGGAGAAAAAAUCAUCAAGUUACCUAGUUUCACUGCUUCUUCACCUCAAUUGGGAUUAGUAUUCUUACCCAAGAGAAUGGUAGAUGUCAAGAAAGUUGAAGUGGCCAAGUGUCUUAGAUUAACUGGGAAAACUUUGGAGGAAGUUUCGUUUAGUAUACCAAGGAACAAACCUGACUUCUUCCAAGAUGACAUAUACAUCCCAACUAUCGAUGUAGAGAGUUAUGUGAUCUCUGCUCCAGAAUGGCUGGAAGGAAAGAACGUUCCACCAAGAAAGAUAGAUCUCAAACCUGAUGAUAUGAAACCUUUAUCUCAAGCACCUAAAACUGAUACUUCUGCGACCAAGAAGUUCGUCCCUGCUGCAAAUGUCAUGUCGGAAGAGGAGAAGAAGCGACAAGAGAUGGAUGCGUUGUUCGCGAAAGCCAAGAUGGAUGAAAGCAGUGAUGAGGAAGAGGAGGAGGUGAAGGGGCUAGCUCCACCUGAUGAUGAUUGGUAG